GCCGCUGGGGUCAGGCUCCGCCCACUUUGCCCGGCGUCGCUCGCGCCGGUGCCGUCAAAAUGGAGGAGUACGCGCGGGAGCCCUGCCCCUGGCGAAUUGUGGAUGACUGUGGUGGGGCCUUUACGAUGGGUACCAUAGGCGGUGGUAUCUUUCAAGCUAUCAAAGGUUUUCGCAAUUCCCCAAUGGGAGUAAACCACAGACUACGAGGGAGUUUGACAGCUAUUAAAACCAGAGCGCCACAGUUGGGAGGUAGCUUUGCAGUUUGGGGAGGUCUGUUUUCCAUGAUUGACUGCAGUAUGGUUCAGGUCAGAGGGAAAGAAGAUCCCUGGAACUCCAUCACAAGUGGUGCCUUAACAGGAGCCAUUCUGGCAGCAAGAAAUGGACCGGUGGCCAUGGUUGGGUCAGCUGCGAUGGGUGGCAUUCUCCUAGCUUUAAUUGAAGGAGCUGGUAUCUUGUUGACAAGAUUUGCCUCUACACAGUUUCCCAAUGGUCCUCAGUUUGCUGAAGACCCCUCCCAAUUGCCUUCAACUCAGUUACCAUCCUCACCUUUUGGAGACUAUCGACAAUAUCAAUAGAACUGGUGCUCCAGAGUUUAACAGAAUAAGCUGUAUUUCAAGAAGGAUUUCGGAAGACCAAGUUACAGUCUGUUUUUAAAACCAUCAUUGGGACAACUAUGGCCAGAUAGGCUAUGAAGAGACAUUUAGCAGUUUUUUCCUAUUUAAAGGAACAUGGUGGGGGAGAGCAGUUUACUUUUAAAUACAUUUAUUUAUUCACACUUGGAUUGCCUUUGUGAUCUAAAUAAAUGUUUGCUAUCAUAAAAAGGAAAUCCAGUAAGUGCUUAGAAGAUGAAGGACCAAAGGGCCAAUAACAGUGAAACAUGAUUAUCAUUUCCUUGGGGACUUCUCUGCCUGGUUUUGUGUGUUCUGUUAUUCAAACAAUAAAAAACUGCUGGAACUUGCUCUUUCUUUUAAGAUAAGUUGUAGAGUUUUACUGUUUCAUCCUUGAAUAUUACUAAUAAUGCAAAGUCCAUUCAAAACUGCAUGUUUUAUAGUUAGUACCUCAUUUCACUUGAAGUGAAUUGUGUAUGAGAAGAAUUAAGCAGUCAACAUGGAUCAUUCCAGAGUAAAGUACUUUACUGAUUAAACAAUGUGGUAAAAUAUUUUUCCCUUACUUUGAAAGGAAAAUAUGUUAUGUCUUGAUUCUGAGUAUGUUGGUAUUGCCUUUAGGCUACCGUGCCUUGAUUCCUGAUCACCAGAAACCUCAUCAGAAACAACUUGCUUCCAACAUACCCAAUCCUAUAUGAGAAGAAUUCGAAGAGGGUACAGUUGUCACUGGAAAAGUUUCGUUAUUUAUUGUGUGCUUGAAAAUAAAAUACAUGUUGUUUUUUAA